UAAUGACUUGCACUGAAGUUGGCAGCACCCACCAGUUGUUCCCAGCGCCUGCGCCAGUGACGUCACACCCAGCAUGGCGGUCAAGGUGCAGUCCACUAAAAGAGCCGACCCUCAUGAAUUGAAGGAAAUAUUUUUAAAGCAUGCCAGUGUCACGGACACAGAUGGGGAGAAUUACAUGACCCCUGGUGAUUUCGUGCAGAAGUAUCUAGGCCUGCACACCGAGCCCAACCACAACCCAGAUACACUGCAGCUCAUCGCCGGAGUCGCUGACACCACCAAGGAUGGACUGAUCUCUUUCCAGGAGUUUCUGGCCUUUGAGUCGGUUUUAUGUGUCCCGGAUGCCCUGUUUAUAGUUGCCUUUCAGUUAUUUGACAAGACUGGCACAGGGGAUAUCUCAUUUGAAAAUGUCAGAGAUAUCUUCAGCCAGACCACGGUGCAUCAUCACAUCCCUUUCAACUGGAACUGUGAGUUCAUCAGACUCCAUUUUGGCAAUGACAGAAAGAAGCACCUCAGUUACCUGGAAUUCACACAGUUCCUUCAGGAGCUGCAGCUGGAGCAUGCCCGGCAGGCGUUUGCACAGAAGGAUAAGAGCAAGAGCGGCAUCAUCUCUGCCCUGGACUUCAGUGACAUCAUGGCCACUAUCCGCCAUCACAUGCUCACCACGUUUGUGGAAGAGAAUCUUGUUUCAGCUGCAGGCGGAGCGACCUCCCACAUGGUGAGCUUCUCCUACUUCAAUGCCUUCAACUCCCUACUCAACAACAUGGAGCUGAUCCGCAAGAUCUACAGCACACUGGCGGGCACACGCAAAGACAUCGAGGUCACCAAAGGGGAGUUUAUCCAAGCGGCCAAUAAGUUUGGUCAGAUCACUCCAAUGGAGAUUGACAUCCUGUACCAGCUUUCCGGUCUCCAUUCUCAUUCUGGGAGGGUGACCUUUGCCGACAUUGAGAGGAUAGCACCGUUGGAGGAGGGGGCCGUGCCCUACCACCUCGCAGAGGUCCAGAGACAGCACGCUGGAGAUGGGCAUCGGCCCGUCUGGCUCCAAGCUGCCGAGUCUGCUUACAGGUUCUUGCUGGGCUCAAUCGCUGGAGCGACUGGUGCGACCGCCGUGUACCCCAUCGACCUGGUGAAGACGCGCAUGCAGAACCAGCGCUCCACCGGCUCCUUCGUGGGCGAGCUCAUGUACAAGAACAGCUUCGACUGCGCCAAGAAAGUGCUGCGCUACGAGGGCUUCUUUGGAUUCUACCGAGGUCUCGUGCCACAGCUCAUUGGUGUGGCUCCAGAAAAAGCCAUCAAGCUCACGAUGAAUGACUUUGUGAGGGAUAAAUUCACCGAUCAAAAAGACGGCACCAUUCCCCUCCUGGCUGAGGUGCUGGCUGGUGGAUGUGCUGGAGGCUCUCAGGUCAUCUUCACCAACCCGCUGGAGAUCGUGAAGAUCCGUCUCCAGGUGGCCGGAGAGAUCGCCACGACGAAGCGCGUCAGCGCCCUGAACGUGGUCAAGGAGCUCGGCUUCUUCGGCCUCUACAAGGGAGCCAAGGCCUGUUUUCUGCGUGACAUCCCCUUCUCUGCAAUCUACUUCCCCGUGUACGCUCACACCAAAACCCAAUUUGCAGACGAGGAGGGCAGGCUGGGGGCUUUGCAGCUGCUCACUGCCGGCGCCAUUGCAGGUGUCCCCGCCGCCUCCCUGGUGACCCCCGCUGAUGUGAUCAAGACCAGGCUGCAGGUGGCAGCCCGUGCCGGUCAGACCUCCUACAACGGAGUGGUCGACUGCUUCCGCAAGAUCCUGCAGGAGGAGGGCUUCAAGGCCUUCUGGAAGGGGGCAGCAGCCCGUGUGUUUAGGUCCUCACCCCAGUUUGGUGUCACCCUGGUGACUUACGAGCUUCUGCAGAGGUGGUUCUACGUUGACUUUGGAGGACACCGCCCCGCGGGCUCUGAGCCGACAGCCAAGUCCCGCAUCACGGAGCUGCCGCCUAUCAAGUCUGACCACGUCGGCGGCUUCCGCUUGGCCGCAGCCACCUUCGCUGGCGUUGAGGAGAAGUUUGGCCUCCACUUGCCCAGAUUCAGGACCCCCAUGUCUGGCCAAAAGGUCCAGUCCCCGCCCGCCAAGGUCCAGGCCUCGUGAGCGCCCCCCUGAGGCCUGCGAUUGGGCUGCAUGCUCCACGAGCAGAGGUUCCUGGACCCAGCUCGCCUGCGCUGCUCCCCUCCUCUGUCCCCCAUCUCUCGUAUCCCCAAAUGGUUCAGUAACACCAAGAAAUAAGAAAUCUAACUCGGAGCACUCCUGCUUUGUUCUCAUACACACGUUUAAAUCUGGCUGUGCCCCCCCUCCUCCUGCAUGACUAGUGCUUUAUGGGUUUCUAUCCCCUGCUUCCCCGGACCUACCCACCCCUUUGUGCGUGGCUUUGCACAAAUGUUACUGUGCAUAUUGUACAUCUUUGUGCAGAGACAUUAUGGUGUUGAGAGACAAACUCCAGCGCGUUCUUCCUCGGCCAUGCAUUGUGUGUUGUGUGUUGGGGACGUCUUUGCAAUCAUAUUUUAGUGGUGUGAAUGGGUGUACAGAUGUUUAUUUAUGAAAUCAUAAAUCAGAGAAUAAGAAAUUUAAAAAGACUAUUUAAAUGCAUUUCAUUAUUGUAUUGUAUUUUAUUAAAUUAAAUCAUACUGGUUUAACUUUCGAA